UCAACUGAAGUGUGACCAUAGCUUGUUGGCUUAAUGGCAAAGUGUGACCAAAGACUGCAAAGCUGCACUUUCGAUGCUGUAUUUUUCUGCAAGCAAGCAAUACGGAACGCAGGCAACACGAUGUCAAAGAUAGUACUACGCACAUCUGACGAUGUUAUUUUCGAGACUGUACGUAAGGUCGCCAAGUGCUGCCGCAAUAUUCCGCUUGAAAAUGAGGAAGAAGUGCCGCUGCGCCAUGUGGAUGCAAAUAGUUUGCGCAAAAUUUUGGAAUGGGCCGAACAUCACCAGGAAGACAACGAAGAUGCCUUUGAAAACAAAGCCAUCGAAGUGCCAGAGUGGGACAUGAAAUUUAUGGCGAUGCCGACAUCGGAAAUUAUAUCUCUAUUUUCGGCAGCCAUUCACUUGGACAUCAAGGCUCUGAUGGAUCUCUGCUGCCGCGAGUUGGCAAUUAGGAUCAAAGGACAGAGCACGGAGGAGAUGCGUGAGACCCUGAAUAUCAGUUCGGUGGAGGGCAAAGGAGAGUAACUUCGUUCCUGUUUGUCAUGGUUUUUGU